AUGGAGACGGCUCUGACAGAACUCAAAACGUAUAAGAACAUGGUCUCCCCCUUACUCAACCUUCCAACCGAUGUCCUCUCCCUCAUAUUCGAAACUUGCGCAGAAAGUGACAAAGAUGGGCAUGUCAUGUCGCUCGGAGCUGUUCCAUGGGUCUUGUCACACAUUUGUCGAAGAUGGCGUUAUGUCAGCUUGUCGUACCCUCAACUUUGGAAGGUCGUUCGCAUUGAUGCAUACCGCCACCAUCUGUCCAAUCCCGCCAUGCUGAAGGCGUGGCUUGCUAGAUCACAGCCUCUUCCUUUGUCUUGCGUUGUCAGGUUCAGGUUGAGUCCGAGAGCUGUUGGUUUUUACGAGGAUAUAAUCGACAUAAUGGAUCACGAGGGAAUCACCAACUUGUUGUUAGGCGAAAGUCAGAGGUGGCUCGACAUGUCCUUCGAGUUGGGCGACAGGGUACAUUUAUAUAAUCUUAUCGGGACGACCACUAGGCCUUUCCCGCUUCUGCGAUACUUGCGUGUUGAUGCCAAGUUUCCACCUAUUCACAGAUGGCUGAUACCCCACACAUUCAAUGCCUCUGCAUUUGCGUCUGCACCCAAUUUGGUGGAAGUUUCUGUCGACGUCCAGGAGCCCUUACCUGCCAUGACACUUCCAUGGCACCAAUUAAAACGAUACUCAGAUUGUGGUUCAACUCGCGAAGAAAGCACCUUCUUAGACCUCGCGAAACUCGCAAAGCUUGAACAUUUUGUGUACAAGCUCCAUCCUCGAUCUUUCAGCAACCCUCAACCAUUGCAUCUGGUCAAUCUACGCCGAUUGGAUAUGUUUGGUUGGCCUUGGCAGACGAUCAUAGAAAUCUUAUCCUUUCUUCACCUUCCGUCACUCGAAGACCUCUUUCUUUACUUUACACAUACGGUUUCCAGUCCUGACAUCAUCAUACACUUAAUCGUCGACCUCCAGGAGCGCAGUUCUUGUCGACUGAAACGCUUAACUCUCCCUGUCAAUCUUCUUACAUCUCCUGUUAUUCCCCAGGUGGUGCAGCACUUCAGUACCGUUGAAGAACUCCACCUCGACCUCACUUACCAUGCAGCAAUUUGGACGGGGUCUCGACCACAGUCACAUCCAGCUUUGGGGAACCUUCGAAGCAAGUUAUUCUUCCCUCGCUUGAGGGCCCUGUACUUUGUCAUUCGGUCCUGUAAUGAUGUCGUCAUCGACGAGGAUGAGCUCUUCGACAGCAUCGCAGACAUAAUCAGGGAAAGACGAACUCCCGAUCUAUUUGAAGUCCAACUGGAGCGUCUAUCGUUCGAUACCACCCCGAGGUUACCCAGGAAACCUAGGAUAUCUGCCAAUAUACCAGGGAUACGGCGGAUAAUCGAGCUCUGUUCGGAUGGGCUAGUAUUGAUCGAACCUGUUAUUGACGGGUGGUUGUGUCCAGUCCACGAAAAAGCUAGGCACUGGAACGCAGAACCUGCAUAUCAGGAUGCAGCUCGAUUUGGAGGUUCAACCGCCUUUGUGGUGAAUUAUCCUUGA